ACCUGCAAGGGGUGGACACGUGGGUGCAUUAUGUGUAAACAAUCGCCAACGCUCCAGCGUUAAAAAAAGGGCAAUUUUUUUUUAUUCAACUCCUGGAAUUAUUUUCCAGAUGCUUCGUCGUUGUUUUUCUCUUGAAAAUCGGAUCGUCCUCUCCUCGAGUCGUCAACCUUCUCGAUCGACCUCGGAAAAUGCACCCAAACAGAAAAAAAACCCUCAAAUUCCGAAGGAUUUUCCCUCGGAAUUCGCACUCUGGGACGGGUCGAUAGCAAAUCCCCAGGACCUUCCCUUCGACGUGAUGAGAAGAACUAGAAAUUUCACAACUCUUCACCUCCUGGACAGGGAUGUCUCCAAGGAAUUCUCGUCCCUCGUUAUCGAUCAAAUCCCCAAAGAGAACACAUUCGUAGCUGAGAUGAACCCUGGCCUUGGUCUGAUAACCCGGGAGCUCCUGGAGUCUGGGGUUUCCGUGGUUCACGCAUUCGAGAAAUUCACGGAAUUUAUGCAGUGGCUUCACCCCCUGGAGGGUGUGUACCCAGGACGUCUGCAGGUCAGACACUACAACUUGGCGACAUUGGCGAAGACUGCAUUCCAGGAUGGAAAACUCAACACCAAGAACAUGGACAAGAUAUUCCAGGGGAUGAGAAAGAAGGGCUGGAGUGAAUCUCCUUCCCUCACCGUCGUUGGGUCUGUCGCCAAUAUUUCGUUUCUCUAUUCCCUCAAAUGGAUGCUCAUCAAUCAAUUCCUGUCUGACUACGGGAGGGCUGUCCUCUACGUCGCAGUCCCUCCUUCAAUUUCCUUGGCAUUCAUCGAUGAUCCCAAGUUGAAACACUUUCACAGAGCGAAGAACGUCCUCCUCAGGACAUUUUUUGAUUUCAAAAAAUUGGGAACUCUCCCCAGGAAGGCCUUCUUCCCCUGGGAGCCAGAGAAUCACUGGAGGAAACGAUAUGUCGAGUAUUACAAGAGAGACAGCGAAAUCAUGGAUGUCGUGAAGAUCGAGACAAAAGAGGAUUUCUUCUCUGAAAACUUCAACCAUCAGGACGCCAUAAUUUUUUACUACUUCCUGGCAAUUCACAUGAGAAAACAAAAUACCAGGAUCAUCCCAUUAUUCGAGAAAUGGAUUCCAGGCUGUGGCCCUCGGCUGAUCCGAGAGGACUACGAUAUAUACUCCACAUUCAACGAACUGAAUUCCGAAGAACUGCUCCAUUUAUUCAAGAUUUUCAAGUCGUGGCCGGAGUAUGAGACUAGUCCCUUCAUAAAUUUCGUAGAAUCAAUCAUUCAAAGUAGAGAGUCAGAAGAGUAAUUACUCCAUUUAUU